GGCAGGUGGAAGUUUUCUCAGAUUCUUGUCCUUGUACUACUAAAAUUAUCCCUAACUAAAGAUGCAUCCAGACCUGUCUCCUCAUCUGCACACUGAGGAAUGUAACCUAGUUAUCAGUCUGCUCAAGAAGUGUCACAAGGAGCAUAACAUUUUGAAAUUUUUUGGCCAUUGCAAUGAUAUUGAUCGUGAGAUGCGGAAGUGCUUAAAGAAAGAGUAUGAAGAAAACAGGGCCAGGAACCGGGCGAUACGACGGAGGCUAAUUGAUGCUCACAAAAACGCAGAGAAGUGAGCUGUACUGUAGCUGGACAGCUGCCUCUCCAUAGGGACACUCGGCUGAAAGUUAACAGAGUAUUUCUUUCACAUCACCAAUGCUCAGCCUGUGGUUUGUGAAAUGGUGAAAAAAUAAACGCACCUAAAACAUACUCAUUCCCAGCAAGGCAAACAAUGUGGAAAAAAAUAAAUACAAUAAAUCGUCACUCACGACUUAA